CUUGUGUGCAUCGCCACCUUCUAGGCUCCUAUCUUCAUACAUCUACCAUCCUACUGCCUGUCCCUAGCUGGUAACCAUCAUCACUAUCAUCUCCGUUCUCGAACGGAAGUGCUUCUACCAUAUCCUUCCUCAUCUCGAGUCAGCGCGAACGAGCCGAUCUAGCAUGGAGGUUGCCAAACAGUUAGACGAGGCUGGAGCCUUCGUACACGAACCGCUCGACCAGACUCAACCUUCCAUUCGCCUAAUCCGCGUCUCACCGGAGCUGUCUGAAGAAGGACUUAUCCAGUGUUCCGUUCUCCACACGACAAUCGAGGCAUCGUACGUUUGUCUGUCGUACAGAUGGGGCGACCCGGAGCCCACGAACGCAAAAUUUAUCUUAAUGAACGGGAAGCGGUUUGCUGUUCGCCAAAACCUCUCCGACUUUCUUCGGCUGCUUCAGUCGGAGCCACCGCUGGGAGUGGGGAAUGACUACUGGAUUGAUGCUUUGAGUAUCAACCAAUUAAAUACUUCCGAACGGAAUCACCAAGUCACGCAAAUGGGCGCGAUAUACUCUGGUGCGGAACAGGUCCAUGUGUGGCUUGGAAAGUGCGCCGACAUCCACUGUAUACGGCGGGUUUUCGAGAACCUAGAUGAACAGACGAUUAUCAAGAAUAACGAAUUGGAUCUCAUCAACCAACACAUCAUUUGGAACGACUACUGGGCGCGGGCAUGGGUGACUCAAGAGAUCAUGCUUGCACGCAACGUUGUAGUGUCACUGGACACAAUUCUGGUCAAUUUCUCUCGCCUUGUUCUAUUAACCAGAAACUUGUGGCAUCAGCCGUCGUUUUCUGCUUUCGCGCAAUUCGUCAAAUGCUAUCAAAACGACACCAAAACUCGAGACCAAAGUCUCCUAUCUUUGCUAUCGAAGUUCCGAGACAGGAAAAGCAGCGUCCCUCACGAUAAGGUUUACUCCCUGCUUUCCUUGUGUCACGAGAAAAGCGUGAUUGAAGUUGACUACAAUGUCGGACAAGAUGAUCUGGCAUAUUCGGUUCUAAGUUGUCGCAAAGAAGAUAUCUGUAUCUGUUCUGCUGCUUUAGUGGCAAAGGCUAUCUUCGAGGUCGAUCCGCCUAGCCGAUGCGCAUUCUCAGAGCUAUUACUCGAGAUUGACAUAGCUGGAUGUAACUUUUCAAUGUCGAAGAAUAGAUAUGGUAGCCACCUUAGUCUAGGCUACCUAGGAGAAGGCGGAACAUGUGAUCUGUCUUCUUUCAGCUACUUGCUUUUGGGGGAAGGGGUUCACAAAGACUGUCUUGGAUUCUGGCUAUACGACUUCGCCAAGACACUUGUAAACGACACCGACCUAUCCAAGUACUGCAGACGUCUACUCGUAUCUGCCACAGUGGCUCAACUCGUUGCAGUUAUAUCUCACAUGGGUUCGCAGAGUGCUAUGUAUAACUUUUCGUCGGGGUGGAGCAUCCAAGUGUUGGAACAUGAAACAAAUCUAUGCAGAGUACGAGUUUUUCUACCCGCCUUGGGAAGCAGUUUGGGGGCUGUAAUCGAGGCGUGUCCAUCUCCUAAACCAUGGCACCAAAAACCUGCUUACGGACCCAUCCAAGACAUCCGUUUAGUGAGAAGAUCUUAUGAUGGCCAGUAGGGUAAUCGCUAUAUGGAGGAAUUCAGUAGCAAUGAAAGCAA